AUGCCCUUCCUCAUCCACCCAGUCUCCAAUACCGAACUCCACCGCGCCAGCACCAUCGAAGCCGCAGCCUACGCCUCCAACCCGCUCAACCCGCUCCUCUUCCCGGGUCCCUUCCCACCCGACGCGCUGCAGAAGCGCGUAGACAGUCUAAUCCGCAUGCGGCAAGAAGACUCUACAGCCGUGUACACGCAAGCCAUCGACUCCGUCUCGCGGCGCAUGGUAGCGUUUGCAAAAUGGCACGUCUACGGCACGCACGAAGCGUGUCUGCUUCCGGCGCGGGCGCUGGAGUUCGGGCCCGGCACGAGCCCUGAGGCGUGUCGGAUGUUUUUCGGCGGCUUGGUGCAGAGGAAGAGCGAGCUUGUGGGUGGGAGGCCGCAUGUCUAUCUGCACAUGCUGCACACCGACCCUGCAUUUCAGCGUCAGGGCGCGGGGAGUGCGCUGCUCGGCUGUGUCAAGCGGAAGGCGGAUGAGUUGGGGUUGCCGAUUUAUCUUGAGUCGAGCGCUGCUGCGCAUGCGUUCUACCGCAGGCAUGGGUUUGAAGACGUCGAGGUGCUGUUUCUAGAUUUCAGCAAGUUUGGAGGAAUGGAGAGAUAUGAGCAGCCGUUGAUGAUUAGAGAGCCGUCGGGGGCGCAGUGA